AUGAAGCUACCUCGGCUCCUUGAGCUCUUCUGUCUCCCGAAUCGGCCUCCUCCGGACUUUUUCCUGCCACCUGAACUGGACGUCGCGCCGCCCACGCAAAGGAAGACCAUGGCGAGGAAGAGGCAUGCUACGGCUGCCCACAUGAAGCCGAAAUUAUAUUUCCCAAGAGUAGCGGUUGUGCCGGCAGAUCUGAAUGCGUCGCGGCCUUGCACGAAUGCAGCACUAUGUUUUGUAAGCGUACUCGUUAUGAAAGGAAUACAGCGUAGUCCAGAUGGCUUACGUCAUCAACGCGGCCGUAAUGGUUUGAAAGAAGAGGCCGACCGAGCAGAGAGCGCUGGUAAGGAAGCUGCCAACGCGGCUGAACAAGGCAAGGAGACCAAGGACGAGGGCGCAAGCAGAGAAGAAGAGGGCGAUGAACUCAAAGGCGAACAUGAAUCGCGUUUCUAG